AUGCUAAAUAGCUCACUGUAUGCAGACGAUUUGUGUUAUGGAGGGGAAAGUGUAGAAUCAGCUUUCAGUCUUUCAUCAGAGGCGGUAUCUAUUUUGAGAGACGCGAGUUUUAAUUUGAGAAAGCUAAACACUAAUUCUAAAGAGCUGUAUGACUUGUGGGUUCAGGAAGGGUUGUGUGAAGAAAGUAGGUCUGAGAGAGAUAGUAAGUUGAAAGUGUUAGGCUUGGUGUGGAACUUAGAAGAGGAUGGUUUGAAAGUAGACGUUACAUCAUUGUUGAGUAGUUUGGAAUCGUUGAGAAAUAGUAAAAGAUCGGUGUUAAGCACAGCAGUUAAGGUGUUUGACCCAGUCGGAUUUAUUUCUCCAUUUGUGGUGCGAAUUAAGAGGCUGAUGCAGGAAAUAUGGGAGAGAGGUUUGGAGUGGGAUGCAGAGUUGCCAAAGGAGUUACGGUGCAAAUGGAUAAAGUGGUGCGCUGAAAUUGAGGAAUUAAACGCGUUGAAAAUAGAGAGGUACUACUUUACAGAAGUUCUAAGUAACGGUCAGUCGGUUGAAAUUCAUAUUUUCAGUGAUGCGUCAGUAGUGGCAUAUGGAGCGGUGGCAUAUUUUGGAUAUAAGAAUGAGAGAGGAGAGGUGACUAUUCCAGAAGAAGAAAAUGCGUUAGACAUUACCAAAUUCAGCAAUCUCGAAAAAUUGUUGAGAGUUACAGCUUGGGUAAAUCGGUUUGUCGCCAAGCUAAGAAAACGUGCCUGUGAAGAAGGUCCUCUUACUGUAUUGGAGAUCCAAGAAGCUGAGGAGUACUGGAUAAAACAAGUACAGAGAGCGAAUUACUUUUCGGAUAUUCAACAACUAGAGAGGAAUAAUCUAAUAACACCAGAUUCUAAGCUUUACAGUUUAGCACCAUAUCUGGACAGUAGAGGUAUUUUGCGUGUCAGAGGUCGUUUGGAACAAGCAGAAUUAAUAGAUGACGAAAAACAUCCCAUUAUUCUGCCCAAAACGAAGUUCACCGAACUAGUGAUAUUUAGUGAUCACAUAAAAGUAUUCCAUUCAGGAGUCAUGGCAACAUUGUCCAAAGUCAGGAAUAAAUUUUGGAUACCUAAAGGAAGACAAGUAGUAAAGAAAGUUAUUAACGCUUGCCUGGUGUGUAAAACGUUUGCAGUGAAGCCCGCCAAACAGUUAACGGGUCAGUUACCCAGAGAUCGUGUAGUCCAAAGUAAUCCUUUCACAGUUGCAGGCAUCGACUUAAGGAGCAGUUACUAUUAG